AGGAAACAUUUGGGGAACCAAAUAAAACGAGGAAAACCAGGCCAACUCUCUCACACAUAUACACACAUAUGCACACACCCACACACAGACCAACACAGACUACAACACAGCAAGGACAGCAUCAAACUAGCUUCAAGGACAUCCAUCUCUGUUGGACAAGCUGGUCUUGAAUUAAAUAUUAAAAACAACCAUCUACCACCAUAAAGCUUCGAUUAGAUUCCAUGUAAGAGGCAAAACGUCAAUUGGGAAUCACAAGGAAAAUGGCUCGGCGCAAGGGCAGCGGUCGAGGGAAAUCCACAGUAAAUUCACGCAAAAAUGCUUUGGAUUCGGCGCGUGAGAAAUUAAAAGAUGAGCCGUUAGCAAAUGCUAAUAUGGAAAAUGCAACAUCUACAACAACGACAACUACAAAGCAUUAUAAGAGCACAGCCAAACAAUAUAAGACACAAAAAGUAAAUAAUAAUACAAGACGUGCCACAGCAGCAGCAGCAGCAGCAACAACAACAACAACAGAUACGCCACCAACAAGAGCAGAAGCAACAACAACUACAACAACAACAAAUAAGAAGCAAACAUAUCGAGAAGCAACAGCAACACCGAAAAUUGCAGAAGAAACAACGACAACAACAGCAGCAACAGAAGCAGCAACACCAACUAAAGUCAAAGUUGCUGAUGAUGCCAGCAGCAACAACAACAACAAUAAUAAUAACAGCAACAACAACAACAACAAACAACCCAGUACAACAACUACAAGAGAUAAACUGAACGAAUUGCCAUCGUCGACGUUGCCUACAAUUAACAACAACGACAGCAGCAAUCACAUUAUUAACAACAACAACAACAACAGUGAUAAUAGUAUUAGUGAGCAUAAUUAUAAUGAAUUUAAGUCUACAACAACAACAACAGAAACAGAUACAACAACAACUUUAAGUGAUAGCAAAAUGACGCUACAACAGCAACAUAAUAUGUUAGCCUCAACAGUGGCCAAAGGAGGAGCAAUGGUUGUCGAUGGUGACCAUCAACAAACAACAACAACAGCAACAACAGAUGUUGGCAAUAUCAAUAGCAUCGAAUCGGCCGGCACAAUUGCCGCCGUCGCUGCCGAUUGGACCCAAAAUUCAAGAUAUUUGCAUAAGAAAUUUAAACGUUUGGCCAGUUCAACUGAAGCUGAAAGUGCCAGCAGUACAACCAGCAAUAGCAGUAAUCAAAGUACUGGUGCUGCUGGUGGUCCAAGUGGCCCUGGUGGCAUCUGUGAUGCCAUGCGUACCACAAGUCUAUCAUCAAAUAGCUCACUCUCACCCCAGCCAAUAAUUGUGAAUGGAGGGCAAACCGCAGCAGCAACAUUGAGUGAAUUCAGUGCCAAUCAUCUUCAUCAUCAUCAUCAUCAGCAACAGCAGCACCAUGAGGAUAUGAUCAGUAAUAAUAAUAUGAUUAGCGUUAAAAGUGCUGGCAUUUUUAAUGCGAAUCAUCCACCAAGCCCACGUACACCGCUUAGUCAAAGUAAUGGCACCACUGGCUUAGGUUUAACACCGGCAACAUUUGCCCAACAUCAGCAACAGACACAACCAACAGCGGCCCCAGCAGCAACGGCACCACCAUCAGUGCCAACAACUGGCGAAAAGCCAGGCCGUUACACUUGUCCAUAUUGCAAUUUGAUUUGUGCCAAGCCAUCAGUACUGCAAAAGCAUAUACGUGCCCAUACCAAUGAGCGUCCAUAUCCUUGUAAUACCUGCGGCAUUGCCUUCAAGACCAAAAGCAAUCUCUACAAGCAUUGUCGCUCCCGAUCGCAUGCGGCUCGUGCCAGGGGUAUAGAAGUCCCAGUCGAUGCAGAUGAUGGUCUAUCCGAUCAGGAUGUAGACAAUGAGCUAAGCAACAGUAGCUCCGAAUUGCCUAGUCGUUCUGGUUCGCCGUAUGAAGAGCUGAAUAUAACAUCGUCGCCCUCGCCCUCACCAUCUACAUUGUCGGCUGCCAAAAGUGCCUACUUGCAACAGCAGCAGCAUAUGCAACAAUUGCCAUUGGGUUCACCAGCAGCUGGUACAUUGCCACCGUUACAGGAUAAUCUAUUGCAUGCAACAACGGCCAAUACAUCAGCCCAGCAACGUCAUUCAAUAGAUUAUAAGCCAUAUAAACCUAAAUUUCAUAAUGCCAGUUUGUAUGCACCAGGCAAGGAACAGCAGUCGUUGCAGCAGCAGCAGCAGCAGCAGCAGCAGCCACAACACGUGCAACCACAAAAGUUGACACUACAAAUGCCUUUGCCACAACAACAACAGCAGCAGCAGCAACAACAGAUGUCUCAUCCCUCUCUAUCGCCUAGCACACAAAUGAAAUUGAAUAAUCACAUCAAUUCCCACCAAUUGCAAUUGCAUUUGCAACAGCAGCAACAUCAGCAUCAACAAUCGUUAAUGCUAACAGCGGCACCACCACCGCCACCACCUCAUCAUCCGAGUGGUGUUUAUUAUCAUUUGGGCCAACCUGGUACGGCUUUUUAUAAUCAGGCGGCAGCUGCUGCAAUUCAACAGCAGGCAGCAUUUGCUUUGCAUUUUCAAUUGCAGCAACAACAGCAACAGCAACAAUUGCAGCAACAGCACCAGCAACAUCAACAGCAGCAACAGCAGCAACAUUCUCCAUUGAUAAAGGCUCCUCAAGCAACACAACAGACGCCGCAACAGUUGCCGCCGCCAUCACGUGCUAAUGCCACAACGGCAACAGUUCCACUGGCAGCACCUGUCAAUUCCUUGCCAUCAGCUAAUCGAAGUACAUUUGCCAGUGCCAGCGGUGGCAUGCAAGUGAAUGUGGAAAAGGUGCAAGAGCAUAUAUCGAAAUUGAUAUCACAGAAUGAGGCCAUAGUUGAGAAUAAGGAGAUUCUAUUGCAAAAGAAAUAUCCCAAGCAAUUGAAUCGUUCGCGUAGCUUUAAUAAUGCCAAUAGCAAUGCAACAACAACAGCAGCAGGGACAACAACAACACAACACAUUAGCAGCAAUAACAAUGCCAGCGGCAGCAGCUCACAGCAAACCGUUGAGGCUAAAGUGAAUUUGGCUCAAGCCAUACAACAAAAGCAACAACAACAGCAGCAGCAGCAGCAGCAACAACAAUAUCAACAACAACAAUAUCAAAUGUUUCUGCAACAGCAACAGCAACAACAACAACAGCAACAGUCAAUAGAACCACCAAAUGGUUUACAUAAGCGCAGCUAUAAGUCAACAACAUUAAAUGCAAAGCAGACACCACAACAGCCACAACCACCACAGCCAGUGCAACCACAAUUGCCACCACCUCCAUCGCCUUUAAAUAUGCAACAAUUGCAAUAUCGUCAAGAUCCGGCAACACCCAUCAGUAAAUUGGAAAUACCAAAUGCCAACAAUAAUCAUGUGAUGCCCUUGAAUUUGUCCAGCAAGGCUAAGCCAAAUAAUAUAGCCACACUAGCAGCAGCCGCACCACCCGCACCAGCAACAAUUGUUGUUCCAUCAACGGCAACGACUCCACUUGUUGCUCCUGUGGCCAGCACUUCCAAAUCGGCAACUGCGGCAAAUGUCAAUAAUUCCAUUAUUAAGAAUCUUUUGCUCAAUGCACGCGGUUUGGCUGUGCCCAUUGGUGAGGGCGAUGAUGCUGUCUAUUCGUGUCCCAUUUGCACUAAUGAAUUCCGCAGUGCGGAUGAAUUAAAAUUGCAUAACAGUACCUAUUGCCAGGAUGCCAGUUCAAGUGCACCCAUGAGUCCGGCCUCAUCGCCAAGUACGAAAUAUUUUCGUUCCAAUUCGAUUACGCUGAGUUUGGCAGAGGUUAAGUCACAUAUGGCCAAUUCAAAGAAUCCAUUGUCAUUGGCUAAAUUGGCAUGGUCACAGUUAAAGACAAAGCCAAGUAGUUUGGUCUUGAGUCGUUUAAGUGCAGCACAAUCGCCGGCAAGAACAGCAACAUCAACGCCAACAACAACAACAACUACAAGUGCAACUGCAACACCAGCAACAAUUACAACAACAACGGCAACGACAGCAACUCAAAUUGCUACAACAACAAUGACAACAGUUGUCGUCGAUUCUUUACGCUUUGUGGAUACUCCUUUACCCUCGCCGGGUCCUUUGCUUGGUAAAACUCCUCUGGUGGAUUAUAAUCAACAAAGUGCCUCAAGACUGGGCUCCCAAGAUGCUCAAGUAGUGAUAACUAAAAUGCAUGAGGAUCGUCAAUUUGAAAAUGAUGCCAAAAGACCAAAAAUGAGUAAUGAUUCAUUUAAUUUUCCCACCUUAAUGUUUGCCAGCAGCGGCAGCAGCAAUCACAACAACAACAACAACAUGGAACCACAAUCUAGUAAAGAGGAACGCCUAAGACGUUUCACCUCUUCAGGUGGCUCAAUGAUUCCACUCUCCGAGUGUCCGGAAUUGGAUAAAAGUCCCAAAAUUAUACGUACACCACUUUUAUCCGGUGGCAGCUUUCAAGAAAUGUCACCCAGCAGCAAGGAACGCAAAUUGCUGACAACAACGACAACAACGAGUGCUCAACAUUUUCAAUUUCCACCAAUUAAUUCCAUCACCGCCUUCAAUCCAUUGACAUUGCCACCCAUGACAAUAGAGAAAUCAUCGUUAUCAUCAUCAUCAUCAUCAGGUGGUAUACCCUAUGUGCCGGGUAUACCAGGACCGAGUAGCCUAACGCCACAAAUGAAUUUAUUGCCACCGCCGCCACAACAAUUGCAGUUGCCAUUGCCAGGACAACGACAACGUAGUCCAAAUCGUAAGCAACCAAGUCCAUUGCUCGGUGGUGCUCUCUCCCCCUUUGGCGGAGUCCAAAAUGUGCCCAGUGAGUUUAGCCGACAGCCACCAACACCAGCACAGAGGAAUGCCAUGCAAUGGAAUAAGGAUGUGGCAGCCAAAAAGGCUCCAUUCAAUUUUUUAAGAAUGGCCGAUAAUGUUAAGGCAGUAGCAGCAGCAGCAGCAGCACCUAUAAUCACACCAGCAUUAGCAACAGCAACAACAACAACAACUGCCCAGCAGCCACUUCAGGAAGUGCGUCAUUUUAAUUUUGAUAAUCUGCAGGCGACAACAAGCAACACCAACAACAAGGAACCCCUAACGCCUCUGCACAUAGAAACGCCCAAUGGCAAUGCAGAGGAGAUGCAGCCUCAAACCUUGCCAGCCAAGACGAAAUUUUUACGUCCCACUAGUUUGCCACUGAAACCGGGAACAUUUACGCCAAAACGUCAUCAUGGCAUCACACCAACGGCCAAUACAUUGCCUCUGAUAUCACCAGAGACGCCACGGCCAUCGAAAUCAUGUGUUCAACUCUAUUUAAAUGGCCAUGCCUAUACGUAUUUGGGUUUAAAAUGUAGUACGAAAAUGUUUUACUGUACAGUGAAUUGUCCGCAACCUUCGUAUGUGGCCGAUAUGCAUAAGCUGUCCAUGUACAGUGUUUGGCAAGUCUGUGAGGAGAAUCAGCCGCAUCCUUUGGGCUUCAAAUUGAAGCAAGUGAUGUCGCUCUAUGAUUCGCGUCAAAGGAUGUUGGGUAAUGGUUGCUCAACCACCUCAAUGGCCGGGAAAUUGAGCUAUACUCAGGUCUAUUCACAGCAAACUGUUAGCACAGUAUCAACAACAAAGCCAAGUAGUUCGUUCUAUCAGCAUCCAUUGAAGCAAUUGCCAGCACCGCCAUCGCUAACCAAUACCUCAAGCACAUCUCCUGCAAUCACAUCCACAGUGGGUGCUUUGAGUGAGGCCAAUGUGGCGGCCAAGGCGGCAAGUGAAGAUGCGGCAACGGCCAAGAAAUUGCAAGAGGGACAACAAUUGGUUGGUGGCUAUGAAUCGCAUGAGGAUUACACUUAUAUACGGGGACGUGGACGCGGACGUUAUGUGUGCUCGGAAUGUGGCAUACGCUGCAAGAAGCCAUCGAUGCUUAAAAAGCAUAUACGUACCCAUACAGAUGUGCGUCCAUUUACCUGCAGUUUAUGCAAUUUUAGCUUCAAGACCAAGGGAAAUCUUACGAAGCAUAUGCAAUCGAAAACUCAUUUCAAGAAAUGCAGCGGCGGUGAAUUUCUUGAUGCCGAUGUGGACUUUGAUCAGCAAUCAUCCACUUCGGCUGGUGGACGAACUUCAUCAAUGGCUGGUGAAUCGGAUUCCGAUGAUUAUAGUGACAAUGAAUCGGAAAGUAGUGAUACUGAUGAAUCCAAGUCACGUUUGAAAGAGCAUGAGGCGGCCCGGUGUCUGCUCUCGCUAUCCAUGACUCCACCAAUACCACAAAGUGUCUCACCAUAUUCACAAACUCAAGAUGCUUCACAGCCAGCACCAGCGGCGAGUCCAGCUAAUAGCAUUGGUUCCACAGGAUCACAACCGAAGCGUUUGGUUUGUUCAUUUACAUCGCCAAAGCCGCCAUUUGAUUAUCAGAAACAGGAACAGUAUUAUUCCAAUCCAGAGGAAUCCAAACCGAAAGGAAGUUUGGCUAGCGAUGAGAGUGCUCCAAUGGAUUUGACCAAGCCACGGCCAAGCUCUAGCUCCAACAACUCCAUCAACAAUUCCAAUCAUCAGCCAAGCAGCAAUCAUCAACAUCAUCAUCACCAUCCUCAUCAUCAGGCUAUGCAAGAUUUGCCCAAAUCUCAGGCCCAACAGAUAAGGGAAGUGAUUUUCGGGACAUCGGCCAAUGAGAGUGGAUUCAUGAAGACUUUAAUAUCGGUUUCCGAUAAAGUGCGUAUAUCAGCAGAAAUGGAAGAGCAAGUGAAACUGAAUGCAGCCGAAAAUGAAGGUGAAGAUUUGCUACUUCAAACCUAUAUAAAGGAGCAGGCUCUGCAGCAUGCAAAAAUGAAGCAGAGUCAAUUUAGUCGCAGUUAUCAAAUAAAUGUGACAACUACCAGUACGACUAGUUCAAGCAGUAGUCGUCCUGUGAUGAGUAUCAAAGAAUUGCCCACCAUAGAGGUUAAUGAGGUGAAGACACCAGAUGAGAGUCCCCCGACAGCCACAACCACAAGAGCGGUAACUCCUCCUCCUCAUUCUGCUGCUGCUCCUGCUCCCGCCUUAGAAGCCAUUGAAAGUGAGGAAAUGGAAACGCCAGCUGAGGAAAAGAAAAACGAUGAACAGCCUGUAACAUCAACAACAGCAACUGCAGCAACAACAACAACGGAUAUUCCUACACAUAAUGCCAAUUUACCAGCAGCUGUGCAACAACCAGAUGCUACAGAUUUUAAAGGCGUACUCACUAGUAGCUCUUCCACGGUUACAUCCACUUCCAGUGGACCAACGACGCCACUCACACGUCCAGUGAUUCGGGGUGAUGAUAAAUUCAAGCCUGCCGAUUUACCUGUUAGUAGUACGGUGAGCAAUGCCUCUGCAUUUCCUCAACGUGUGGUGGCUCCACCACCGCCACCCAUUGCCAGCGAUGCUCGCCCUACCUGCAACAUUUGCCAGAAAACUUUCCAGCGCCAGCAUCAACUCACUCUCCAUAUGAAUAUCCAUUAUAUGGAACGCAAAUUUAAAUGUGAACCCUGCAGCAUUUCGUUUCGCACUCAGGGCCAUCUCCAGAAACACGAACGUUCCGAGGCCCAUAAGAAUAAAGUGAUGAUGACAUCGACUUUUGGUGUGCCAACCACCUCAAAUCCGCGACCCUUCGAGUGUACCGACUGUAAGAUAGCCUUUCGAAUUCAUGGCCAUUUGGCCAAGCACCUGAGAUCAAAGACUCAUGUCCAGAAAUUGGAAUGCCUACAGAAAUUGCCAUUCGGCACCUAUGCAGAGAUCGAACGGGCUGGCAUUAGUCUAACCGAAAUCGAUACAAGCGAUUGUGAAAAUUCGUUAAUCUCAUUGAAAUUGCUGGCCCAAAAGCUGCUUGAAAAGGACCCGAAUAAGCUAAGUGGUUACACAUCCCCCUCGGGUAUGGCCCAGGACAGUGCCUCCGAAGAUGGUUUCAGUGCGGCAAAUAGUGCUGCUGCCUCGGCAAUUGCCUCAUUGGAUAAUGAUAGCGCUGGCAAUACACCGCAGCGAGCUAGUUCCAUGUCCGAGGAUGAGACAGUGACCACUCAGCAGAGCCUAAAACGUCGUCUGCCCGCCACUAGUUUCAGCAGCAAUGGCGAAGAGAGUGACAAUCCUCAGGAAAAUGGUGGUGGUGGCAAUGAAAAGCGCGCAAGACCUCAGGACUUAACUGCAGCCACUGCAGCAGCAAGCAACUGACAAUAUAUGUACAUGUUGCAGCCAUCCUGACCAGCACAACAGGGCACAUAUCUUCAUCAUCAUCAGCAGCAGCAGCAGCAGCAAUACAAUUAUCCUCAUCAUCAGCAGCCACAUCACCUCCAGCAAUUGGAUAGCAGGGGAGGAGAUGCUUUAGCUUGGGAUGGAGCCCAUGAAUCAACCAACAAGACGACCAAAACUCCAACGAGCGCAUAUCAAAUGUCUAAGCAUAUCGCAUUUGGGCACAGAUUACAACAAAACCAACAACACAACCACUCUUUACUCUAAACAAACUUUAGACUUUAAGCGAAACCACAUUGGAAGGCACAUUGAGGGAAAAGGCUUAAACAAAAGAAGCAAACAUUUCUUAUCUCUGGCAACAAAAAUAUAUUAGCAAAUUUUUAUUUAGUACAAAAGAGUAAAAGUGCAACAGCUAACAGCCGGGAAAAUUUCAUAAAAUUUAACAAUUUCCUUCUCCUAUUUAAUAAUUUUCGAUGCCAAAUAUCUAAGCAAAUGGUUGGUUAAAAAUUUUGCCCCCAAAACAAAAGAACGAGUCACUUUUGCUCUAUUCUUUGGAUAGCUGCCAGUUUUAAUUUAAUGAAAUGUUGUUUAACUAAACCUAAAUUAAAUAACUAAAACAAA